GUCAGUCCAAACAACAUGUGCAGCCUAAACUGACGCCCUCGUCUUCACGCUACGAUUUCCGUGGAUACAGUAACGAGCGAAACUAGUGGUCACUCGUACCGCUUCUCAACCUGAAGCUUCUCGCAUCACGUCGUCGUCGUCGACAAGCACCCGACAUCACUUCAUUACAUCUCGGACCUUCCUCGACAACUCCCCAUUUGGAUCGUUGAGUGCAAGAACCCUGCCACCCACUUGCACCGCGACUGGACUCGCUCGGUGCCUGCUUACUCCAAAUCUCUCGGGUUUGAUCGUGCCUGCACUGCAGACCGCGAGGCCCACGGUUCCAACGCGGGCAGUCCAACAUCUCGUCGAGCUUUCUUCAACUUCUUCACAAAGAGUCCCGAGCAUAGCUUACAUUGCAUUUGUCGACGUCACAUCAGAUGAGCUGCUCACGAUCCACACAUUUCUUCCUGGCCACGACCAUCGCCUGAGACUUCUUCCCCCUCGCGCCCUUGCUCAACGACUCCUCUCCCACGAAGUUGACCCUACGGGGCUCUCCGCCUCGAGAUGGGAAACACAAUGUCCUCUCUCUGUUCCUCCUGCCGGGGUCAGCAUUCAAGAGCUUGUUUUCCCACACUUUUCGCUGAUGGUGUUGUUGCAGGUCGGCCGAAAGAUAACCUCUACGAGCCUGCCCUGGCGGAUAGUGAGCGGGAAGCAGUGGCAGAUCUUUUACAAUACCUUGAGAAUCGAGGCGAGACCGACUUCUUUUCCGGCGAACCCUUACGAGCUCUGUGCACGCUGGUGUAUUCCGAGAACGUCGACCUACAACGGAGUGCUAGUCUCACAUUUGCCGAAAUCACAGAACGAGAUGUAAGAGAAGUCGACCGAGAUGUCCUCGAACCAAUACUGUUCCUGUUGCAAAAUCCCGACAUCGAAGUGCAAAGAGCGGCAAGUGCUGCAUUAGGCAACCUCGCAGUAAACACGGAAAACAAAGUUGCCAUCGUCCAGCUUGGAGGACUACCACCAUUGAUUCGUCAGAUGAUGUCGCCGAAUGUGGAAGUGCAGUGCAAUGCGGUUGGAUGCAUCACCAAUCUUGCAACACAUGAAGACAACAAGGCCAAGAUUGCAAGGUCGGGAGCUCUAGGGCCGCUGACCAGGCUGGCAAAGUCGAAAGAUAUGCGUGUUCAAAGAAACGCUACCGGCGCAUUGCUCAACAUGACACAUUCUGAUGACAAUCGACAGCAGCUCGUCAACGCCGGCGCUAUUCCUGUUCUUGUACAACUUCUAUCCUCCACCGAUCAGGAUGUUCAAUACUACUGCACUACAGCUCUUAGCAAUAUUGCAGUCGACGCCUCAAACAGAAAGAAGUUGGCUCAAACUGAGUCUCGUCUUGUCCAAUCUUUGGUACAAUUAAUGGACUCCGGUACUCCGAAAGUUCAAUGUCAAGCUGCAUUAGCUCUUCGAAAUCUGGCCUCGGACGAGAAAUACCAGCUGGAGAUUGUCAGAGCCCGCGGCUUGCAGCCCCUUCUUCGCCUCCUCCAAUCUUCCUACCUGCCCCUAAUUCUCUCUGCUGUGGCUUGCAUUAGGAACAUAUCUAUCCACCCGUUGAACGAAUCACCCAUUAUCGACGCUGGUUUCCUAAAACCCUUGGUCGACCUUCUCGGAUCUACAGACAAUGAAGAAAUCCAGUGCCAUGCCAUUUCGACACUUCGCAACCUCGCAGCAAGCUCGGACCGGAACAAGCAACUGGUUUUAGAAGCCGGUGCGGUGCAGAAAUGCAAGGAACUAGUGCUGCAAGUUCCGUUGAGUGUUCAAUCUGAGAUGACCGCAGCGAUCGCUGUACUGGCUCUCAGUGAUGAGCUCAAGCCGCAUCUUCUGAAUCUUGGAGUCUUCGACGUUCUAAUUCCUCUCACCGAUUCUGAAAGCAUCGAAGUUCAAGGCAAUAGUGCGGCCGCCCUGGGCAAUUUGUCCUCCAAAGUCGGUGAUUAUUCAAUUUUUGUCCGGGAUUGGACCGAACCAAAUGGCGGAAUCCACGGUUAUCUGAAGCGUUUCUUGGCCAGCGGUGAUCCAACCUUUCAACACAUUGCUAUCUGGACAUUGUUGCAACUUUUAGAAUCCGAAGACAAGAAGCUGGUGAGUUUGGUGGCUAAAUCCGAAGAUAUUAUCCAAAUGGUCAAGACUAUUGCGGACAAGCAUGUCGAAUCCGAUGACGAAGAGGGCGAGGAUGGCGAGGGAGAAGUCAUUGCACUUGCCCAGAGAUCGCUCGAACUACUUGGGAAAGGCCCCAAGCAAACACUAGUAGAGGGUUAGAGGAGCCGGGCACAGAUAAGAUUGUUGCAGUCUUGCACGAGGAAGCUUAUUGUUUUGCGUUCAUUAUAUACCCCUGAACAUGGAGGUUGAAUAUGCGAAUAGGAUGGUGGAGCGGCAUAGCGAGGCGUUCUGGAGCUUCAAUGUUUGACUGCACCGAAUGCUGGUUACAUGGGAAACACAGGAAGAGGGGUUGAGGAUGAAUAUUUUAUCAAUGGAAACUUAUGGGUUUGUGAAAGGGAGCAAACCGUGGCUAGGACCUUUUUUCUCUUAGCAUGAUUGCAUUAAUUAUACAACUUUUCAAGUCAACAAA